AUGAGACCUGUCGCCGAAGCCGAGAAGCACUGGCGUCAGCUUGACGACUUCCAUUCUCUCACCAAUCUCAAGAUCCAUGUCUCUUCGCACACAGAGCCUCAGAUAACUGCUGGACUUCGGUCAGUAUGCUGGAAGAUCUUCCUCCUCUUCAAGACACUCGAUCGCUCGUCAUGGCCACACCACCUCGCCGAGUCGCGCAGAACCUACGACUCGCUGCGCACACAUUACCUGCGCGCCAUCGAACAUCCCGAUGAGCUCGAAUCGUCGGUAGAUCCUCUGAGCGAUAAUGACGAGUCCCCAUGGUCAGCCCUCCGAGCAGAUGAGGCCCUACGCGCCGAGAUCUUCCAGGACAUCGAACGAUGCAUGCCGGACAACGUUUACUUCCGCCAGCCUGCGACGCAGAAUAUGAUGCUGGAUAUACUGUUCGUCUGGUGUAAGAUGCACCCGAGCAUUGGCUACAGACAAGGUAUGCAUGAGGUCUUAGCGCCGUUGCUCUGGGUUGUAGAGAGAGACGCCGUAGAUGUCAGCCCGGAGAGCUCUGUCGAUUCCACACUGGCAGAUAUGCUCGACUCGACACAUAUUGAACACGACACGCACACACUGUUUGGCCUGAUCAUGCAGACAGCGAAGUCAUUCUUCUCACCCGCAGACCCAAAGUCGAACUCUAAUGAGACUCCUAUGCUUGCUCGGAGCUCAAGGAUCUUCGACACAUACUUACCGAAGGCCGACCCUGAGCUCCAUGCACAUUUGACGAAGCUGGACAUCGUACCCCAAAUUUUCCUUCUACGCUGGAUCCGACUUCUCUUUGGUCGAGAGUUUGACCUUGAUGCUGUCUUCGACUUGUGGGAUGCUCUUUUUGCUAUCGAUUCCUCACUAGAGCUCGUCGACAUGAUAUCGAUAGCAAUGUUGCUUCGAAUCCGCUGGGAACUCAUCGCGGCAGAAACCAAUGAGGCAUUUGCGCUACUAUUACGAUACCCACAGCCAAGUGCGCCAGCGUAUACAUUGAUCAAAGAUGCGUUAUACCUACGCGAUCACCUAACCCCCCAGGGUGGUGCUGAGAUCAUCACACGUUAUGGUAAGCAAGCACCGUCGGUUGAGGCCGAACCAGCUGCUAGUUCCCGUGCCCCUUCGCCCGUGCUAUCGUUCGCUUCAAGUCGCGCAAGACAAAGAGUGGGCUCUCCGAAAAGCUUCCUCGGCCCACAGGGGGCUGGACUGGAAGCAGUACUGCAAGGUGCCGCUAAGAACGUGCUGGAGAAAGGCUCACAGUGGGGAGUUGGGAAAGCACUCCGGGACGCUGUAGGUGAAGUGCGAAAGAAUGUUGAGGCCUAUCAAAAUGGUGUGCCCUCAGGACAAACCACGCCAAGGUCUGGAGGGAGAGAGUUCCGAACACCCAAUCUGUUAGAUUCAGCCGUACCUGGUCAACGACCCGUACUCAACCGAACGAACUCUGCCAAUAUUCUGAAAAGGAUUGCGGACCUAGAGAGGCGGAAUAAAAAUCUGGGCAAGAUGCUCGAGAGUGCCGUCGCCGAACUGUGGGAACAUCAUCGAAAGCAGACGGAAAGUCACAAGACCAAAGACAAAGAAAACAGCAGCAAGGAAGCUAUGGAAACACUCAGUCUUGCCAUUGCAAAGGUACAGUUUGUUCAGGUCUAUCUCGAAGACUCGUCGAUACCACUACCCAUGGAUGAGUCUACCGAUCAGGCGGCGACAGCGAACGCCGAAGCAAGUCUAGCACCUCCCUCGCCGUUACCGAUUGAGACGACGAUAGUCGCACCGCCGACAGAUAGCCCUACUGCUUACACGCCGGCGCCUACAGCUACGGACGCACCGCAACAACCUCCAAUAAUUGCUUCGCAGCCCGCCUCUCCACCUCCUAAGCCGUAUGUAUCAAAACCCCCAGCUACCUCACGCCUGGCCCAACGUUCGCGCCCGCAGCUAACAUCCUCGAACUUCUCGUGGAUGUUGGGGGAAGAAUCGGCAUCAUCAAACUUUGCCUCGGGCGCGGCGCAUUCUACCUUUGCCUCGGAUGAAAAGCGACGUAUGAAAGGGAAAGGGUUCCUGUUCGGCGAUGAAGACGAGGACGACAACAGCUCAAAGGAAACUAAGGCAAAGAGAGGGAGUUUCAGUGGGAAGGGAACAUCGAAAGUGGCCAAGACCAGAGGCAAGCAUAUACCAGAGAUCGAGGUCGAAGAGGAGAUUAUCGACUUGGAAGAUGUUGGCAAAAGAGGCGUCAUCUAG